CUGCCCUCGGCCUGGGAUGCGCUGAGCGGCCGCGGAACGACGGCAACGGAGCCGAUGGAGACCAACAGCAGCUGCGGCAACGGGUCUCUGAUCACCCUUUCGUGCCUUUCCCACCGGGUGGUGUGCCAAGUGAUCAGCAGUGCUGUCCCAUCUGACCCCAUCCAGGACAAUGGGACUUCAGAUAGCUCCUGGAUAACUCGGCUGGAAAACAAUUAUGGAUUCUACAUCGGCCUGGGCUUGGCUGUCUUCUCCAGCUUCCUCAUCGGGAGCAGCGUCAUCCUCAAGAAAAAGGGGCUGCUCCGGCUGGUGGAGAAGGGAGGCACCAGGGCAGGAGAUGGAGGCCAUGGCUACCUAAAGGACUGGCUCUGGUGGGCUGGCUUGUUAACCAUGGGUGGAGGGGAAGCUGCCAACUUCGCUGCCUAUGCCUUUGCUCCUGCAACUAUUGUCACGCCUCUGGGGGCUCUGAGUGUGCUCAUAAGUGCCAUUCUCUCCUCCUAUUUGCUUGGAGAACGACUCAACCUGCUGGGGAAGCUGGGCUGCCUGCUGAGCCUGGUGGGCAGCACUGUGAUGGUCAUCCACGCUCCAGAGGAUGAGGAGGUCACCACUCUGGAGGAAAUGACUUCCAAGCUGAAGGAGCCAGGUUUCCUGGCUUAUGGUGCCAUCCUCCUGGCUCUCUGCCUCCUCCUGAUCUUCUACCUCGCGCCCCGGUACGGCCAGAGCAACAUCCUUGUCUACCUCACCAUCUGCUCGGUCAUCGGCGCCUUCUCCGUGUCCUCCGUCAAGGGCCUGGGGAUUGCCAUCAAGGGCUUCUUUGCUGGCCAGCCUGUGCUGCAGAACCCACUCACCUGGAUCCUGGUCAUCACGCUGGUGGCAUCCAUCACCACACAGAUCAACUACCUCAACAAAUCUCUGGACAUUUUCAACACCUCUUUGGUGUUCCCCAUCUACUACGUGCUGUUCACCACCAUCGUCAUCACCACUUCCAUCAUCCUCUUCAAGGAGUGGGUCACCAUGACCGUGGUUGACAUCAUUGGGACAGUCUGUGGCUUCCUCACCAUCAUUUUGGGGGUGUUUUUACUCCAUGCUUUCAAAGACAUGGAUGUCAGUUUAGGGAAUUUACCCCAAGUCCUUCAGAAUGAGCAGCCAGUGCCGGAGACCAGAGAUGACAAGAACAUCCUGAUAGAAGUGGACAACUCCAGCAUUGCCCCAGAGGAUAAACCCAAAACACUUGCAUGAACUCUAAAUACACACCAGCGUCUCAAGAGGAGGUGAGAGACCAGGACUGAACGCUGCUAUUCAGACUGCUCAUCCGUGUUUAAUCACUUGCUCUGCUAAUAAGGGGACAAGAAUAUUGGUGAAUAUGGGCAAAACACAGUGAAUUUUGCAAUAGCUGCUCACCAGGCUCAGUGGCAGGACUCAAGCCAUGAAGUGUUUUUACAGAGAGAUCUUUUUCAGUUUUUGUUUUUUUUGUGAGGUGCAGGAGUUUCCCUGAAGCAGUGUUAAUUAUUUUUAUGGGAGUUUUGCUUGGGUUUUUUUUUCCUGAGCAGCUCUGGUGAAGUUGCUGGGCCUGAUCCAGACUCCACCUGAGGAAAGGCAGGGGAGCUCAAGAGAAACUCUACCAUUGUCUCCAAAGUUUCUUGUGACAAUUUUUUCAGUCUGAAAGACCAAAUGGCUGUAAAUAGCAAGUAUUUUUUUCCUCAGGAAAUAUCUUGACCUUGGAAAACCCCCCAAAUUCUUUGAGCCCCAUGAGGUGUCCUGCUGUCCUCUGAGAUGCUCACCUGGGUGUGAGCAUCACUGAGCAAAUACAAUGUGGGGCUUUGAGAGAGAGGACAAUGCAAUCUCCUGUUUUAAUAACAUUUCAGUGCUAUCUUUUUUGGAAUAUGGAAAGGGAAAUAAAGGUUUUUUUCAA